AUGUCCAGCCCAGGGCUCCUGCUCCUGCUCCUGCUGCUGGCAGCGCCACCCCCACUGUGGCCUUCCUCGCUGGCACUGCCAGACACCCCGGAGGGCAAGGCCACCAUCGUGGGCUUUAUCCUCUCUGCCCUGGAGAGAACCACCUCCUUCCUGAAGAAGAGGCUAUCUGAAAUUAACCUGGACGGUGUGGUGGGGUUCCGGGUCCUGGAAGUGCAGCUAAAAGGUGUUCAGGAAAAGUGGGCCCAGGACCCCCAGCUGCAGCAGCUGAGCCUGCGUGUGGCGAAGCUGGUGGAAAAGCUAGCGCCUCUCCUUCACAGAUCCAUCUUCUACCUCAAGCUGAGUGACCCCAAGUACCUAAGAGAGUUCCAGCCAACCAUCCAGCCUGGGUUUUGGAAGCUUCCGCGUGCCUGGACCAGCACAGAUGCCUCCAUGGUCUACCCCACCUUUGAGCCACAGGACUCCUUCUCAGAGGAACUCAGUGACUCCUGUCUGGUGCAACUGCUGGGAACAGGGACAGACAGCAGCCAGCCCUGCCGGGUCUCUGACUUCUGCAGAACCCUGAUGACCAAGCCCGGCUACUCAGGCUAUGGCCUGUCCCACCAGCUGCUCUUCUUCCUCUUGGCCAGAAUGAAAGGGUGCACCGAGGGGCUGUUUCGCCAGAGCCAGCACUACAUGAACCUCUUUUGUGCCAACAUGAUGGACCUGAACUGGAGAGCUGAGGCCAUCGGAUAUGCCUACCCCACCCGGGACAUCUUCAUGGAAAACAUCAUGUUUUGUGGAAUCAGCGGCUUCUUGGAUUUCUACAAGCUCCGGUGGCUGGAAGCCAUUCUCAACUGGCAGAAGUCACAAGAAGGAUGCUUCGGGAAGCCUGCUGCUGAAAAUGAAGAAUUAUCAAAAACCAUUCAACACCAACAGCAUGUUUUGAGAAGAAUGAAGAGGCGAGAAAAACAAUUUACAGAUAGCUGCUCCUCCCACAACACAGCCAUGGCUGUGGCAGCUCUAGGUGGCUUCCUCUACGUCCUAGCCGAAUACCCUCCAGCAAGUGGAGAGCUGAGGCAGUCUACACUGGCGCCACCCACAGCCACUGCAACAAAUGUUUCCACACCUGCCACUGGCAGAUGA